AUGGACAGCCAGAAGAAUAUUGUCAGCCCUGAAGAGUACCAGGCUGCUCGAUCUCGUCUUCUUCAGCACGAGAAAGCAGCAACCCGCCUGCUACAGGAGCUCGCCUUGUCGCGCCGUCAAUUGCCCAUGGUGCGCAUCCACGACCCAGCUAGAUUCCAAUUCGACACACCUGACGGAACGAAGAGCCUGUUGGACCUAUUUGAUGGGCGCAAACAGCUGAUCCUCUACCAUUUUAUGCUGGGACCCCAUGAGACCCAGGGCUGCGUGGGCUGCUCAUUCUGCAUGGACCAUAUCCCCGAUCUCCGCCACCUCUGGAGCAGGGAUACUUCGUUCGUCGCCGUGGCUACUGCGCCCUUGUCUGAAGUCACCGCCUACGGGAAUCGGAUGGGCUGGAAGUUCCCUUUUUAUAGUUCUGCGAAAACGCACAAAGCGUGGGCCGAAGUCGAGGGACAGGGAGAAAUUGUCACCUGGAAGCCCGGGAACGACUACUUUGGACUAUGUUCGUUCUUUCGGGAAGGUGACGAGGUAUUUCACACCUAUGAUACCUCGUCUCGUGGCUUGGAGAUCAUCUUGUCAACAUAUCACCUGCUGGAUAUGACCCUAAUGGGUCGGCAGGAGGUGGGAAAUGGAAUGAACAACUUCCGCCGCCACGAUGAAUACUAA